AUCCUGGAACCAAUUGCUUAUAGGUCCUCUGCUGGCUCUCUUCCCUCCGCUUCCUCAAAACCGGCCAAUUAUACUCGGUACAUUUUUUUCAGAUUUCCACAGGAGCUGAACCUUGGCAAUAUGUCGGCCGAGACAAUGUGGACCUAUUUGGCAGAGGACCUUUCACUCGGACUUACGCAGCACUACGAAUUGAUGGUUGCCGGGACCGAGCACACGACCUCGCAUUCUCCGUCCACCCCCGCGAAGGGGGGCGUCGCCAGCAGUUCAGUCGUCUCGGCGGCCGGGAAGCGACAGCCCCCGGACGGGCAGGCCGAGUCAACUGGCGCAGGAACAGCAUUUGCAGCUUCGAAACAGGGCACCGGUGCCUCUGCGAAGGCAGCCAUCAAAGGGGCUCCCAGUGACGGAGGCAAUGGCAACAGCGGUAGGGGACAGACAUCAGCCGCCGCGAAGGUCAAGUCCUCGGACUACAUGAAUCUCUGUUUCCGUGUCAAGUGGUUCUACAACACCUACAUUGGCUGUCUGCCUCAAAUGACCGACAAAGUGCCGGAAUACCCCAGGUGUGGUCAGGCGCCUGGCUUUUUUGGGUUGCACUCUAAGCGUCACCGUGAAUGUUCCAGUAAAGCCAAUCGACAGCUGGUCAAGAGGAAUUCGCCGUCGUCUUCUGGUGGAACCGACAAAUCUUCCAGUAAAGCCAAUCGACAGCUGGUCAAGAGGAAUUCGCCGUCGUCUUCUGGUGGAACCGACCUCCGAAUCUCUUCACCCAACACUUCCACUCGAAAUGGAAUAAAGCCAAUCGACAGCUGGUCAAGAGGAAUUCGCCGUCGUCUUCUGGUGGAACCGACCUUCGAAUCCUCGCGUCAGCAUGAAUCUUCCAGUAAAACCAAUCGACAGCUGGUCAAGAGGAAUCCGCCGUCGUCUUCUGGUGGAACCGACCUUCGAAUCUCCUCUCGAAAUGGAAACAAACAGGACGGCUUCCCAAGAUCGAGCGAGCAUGUGCUCUACUCCAACUCUGUGGUUGACGUGUUCACCCAAUUGAACCAGUGCUUCGACGUGAUCCGCAAACUUCAGUGUCCCGACAUGUUGGUUCGCGGGCAUUACAUGCACAGGUUCUCACAGGUACCAAAAUCAUGUCCUAAUCCUUGUCGUUUUCCAACCUACUUUACUUCCGUCAGGAUAUCCCACUCGAGGCGAUAG